CCGCCAUGUUGAGAAGGAGGGGGUCGCGGGCGCCGGUCGCCCCGGGAACCCCCCGCCGCCUCUCCCCUUCCCUCAGCUCCGCGCCCGCCAAUUCCCCGACAGCGGCAAGCCGCCCCUUCGCGCGGGACUGCGCGGUGUGCCCUCACGGGGAGGGAGGCAGGGGGUGAGAGGGGGGCGGCCCGGUUUAACGGCGGCACCGGGGACGGGCCGCCCGGCGCGGCGCCUGACACCGCCCCCGGAGGUACCAUGGAGGAACCGGAGGAGGGGCAGCGGCGGGGCGGCGUGAGGCGGUACCGCUUCGUGGAGGGGCCGGCGGCGCUGGCGCUGCGUAUCCCCGAGGAGCUGGACUCGCAGUACGGGACCUACGUGUGGCCCUGCGCCGUGGUGCUGGCCCAGUACCUCUGGAUGCACCGGAGGAGCCUCCCCGGGAAGCGGGUGCUGGAGGUCGGCGCCGGGGUGAGCUUGCCCGGAGUGGUGGCUGCCAAGUGCGGAGCCCAGGUGGUCCUGUCGGACGGCGAGGAGCUGCCCCGCUGCCUGCGGAGCUGCCGCAGGAGCUGCCUGGCCAACCGGCUGCACCACGUCCCGGUGCUAGGCCUCACCUGGGGACGGGUGUCACCGGAGCUGCUGGCUCUACCUCCUGUAGAUAUUAUUUUAGGAUCGGAUGUCUUUUUUGACCCGAAAGACUUUGAAGAUAUUUUAACUACAGUUUACUUCUUGCUGGAAAAGAAUCCACAUGCUCAAUUCUGGACUACUUAUCAAGUCCGAAGUGCUGACUGGUCUCUGGAAGCUUUGCUCUGCAAGUGGAAGCUGAAGAGCAUCCUGGUUCCCCUGCACUCCUUCGGAGCAGACCAAGAGCAUUUGGCCAGCUCUUCUCUCCCAGGAAGACACACGAUCGAAAUGAUGAUCAUCUCACUAGCACAAUCAGAUGGUACUUAAUUUUUUUUUUAUUCCACUUGUUGGUUUCCAAUACAAGAUGACACUUUCACUGUAGCAUGGAUCUGUAAACAGUCCUGUUUACAGCAAACCUCAUGCGUGUGUUUUUAGGAAGCAGAUCCCUCCAACAGUAAUUCUUAAAACAUGCACUGUAAAAAUAAAGCUGUUCAGUUCUUUA